AUGACAUCCAUGAUUCCCAUGGCCAUGUUCGGCCAAGAAGUCCCGCCAGGCGAUGUCGCGAUCAAGGCCGAGGGUGAUAUCCCCGCCGCCUUCCGCAUCACCAUGGCUGCCAUCGACCCGAGCGCCGUGCCUGAGGGCGAGGAAGGUCAGCCGCUGCGUGCCACCCUCAAGGUCAUCCGCCAGCCUCUUGGCAUGGAGGAUGACUACGACAGCGAGGAUGACGAGGAAGGCGACGAGUUCGAUGUUGAUCGCAUGGAUGCCAUGUUCGCUGGUGCUGAGGAUGACGAGGAUGACGACGAGGAUGAGGAUCUGGCUGGUGGUCCAAGCGACCCUGCUAAGAGCAAGAAGGCUCGUGUUGAGGCCAUGAUCCGCAAGCUUGCCGAGGAGGAGGGCAUGGAUGUUGAUGAUGACGAGGAGGAUGAAGACGACGAGGAGGAUGCCAAGCCCAACGGCGUCAAUGGUGUCAAGUCGGGCAAGUCCAAAGGCAAGAUGCCGGUCGAUAUCGACGAAGAUGAGGAUGAGGAGGACGAUGAGGACGAUGAUGAUCUUGACAGCGAAGACUAUGUCGAGGAGUUUGUCAUCUGCACUCUCGACCCAGAGAAGAACUACCAGCAACCCCUCGACAUCACCAUCGGCGAGGACGAGCGUGUCUUCUUCAAGGUCAGCGGUACUCACGCCGUCUACCUCACUGGCAACUAUGUCGAGCCUGCAGCCGGCGGACCAGGCAUGUACGACCCAGAGGAUGAUGAGGAUGAAGACUACGACCUCGAGCCCGACAUGGAUGAGCUUGAGGAUGACGAAGAAGACGAGCUCGACGAUAUGGAGGACCCACGUAUCACCGAGAUUGACGAGGAGGAAGUAGCACCCAAGCUCAUCGAGAUGGCCAGCAAGAAGGCAGACAAGAAGGGCAACAAGCGUCCCGCCGAGGAUGAGGCCCAGACCCUUGACGAGAUGAUCAAGGAUGCCAGCACUAAUGGCGAGGCCAAGCUCAGCAAGAAGCAGCUCAAGAAGAUGAAGAAGAAUGACGGCACUGCCGCAGCUGUCGAGGACAAGUCUGCUGACGUCGCAUCCUCUGCCAAAUCAGACAAGAAAGUCCAGUUCGCCAAGGAGCUCGAGCAAGGUCCCACCCCAACCAAGGACACCAAGACCGCCGAUAAGCCCGCCGCCGCUGCGAAGAAAGAUAAGAACCAAGCAUCCCUGGGCCCAAAGACCGUCCAAGGCGUAACCCUCGACGACAAGAAAUUGGGUACCGGCCCUGCAGCCAAAGCCGGCGAUCGUGUGGGUAUGCGCUACAUCGGCAAACUGCAAAAGGACAACAAAGUCUUUGACUCGAACAAGAAGGGCAAGCCUUUCACCUUCAAGCUCGGCAGCGGCGAGGUGAUCAAGGGCUGGGAUAUUGGAAUCCAGGGGAUGAGUGUUGGGGGUGAGAGGCGUGUUACUAUCCCUGCUCAUCUCGCGUAUGGAUCCAAGGGCGCUGGGAGGGAUAUCCCGCCGAAUUCGACCUUGGUGUUUGAUGUUAAGUUGUUGGAGUUGAAUAAGAGUAAGUAG